UGCUGCUUAAAGACACACACACACACAUAAACACACACAUGCAAACACGUAGGCUACAACCUGUCUGCCAUUAGGCAACGGCUGCAAGGCACAGCAGAUACCAGCCAAAGGGGAGGAGGACCCUUACACCUUCCUCUCUCAGCGACAUCUUAACUCUUGGCACAGACUCCUCACCACCACGCUCUCAGAUCCACAAUCUAAGGCUUCAGUCCCAAACUAAAACUAGGGAGAGGAGGAGGGGAGGGCGGUUAUCUAAGGUUCUUAGCACCCCCAUGUGUGCCUGCAAGGACCAUGGAGCUGCACUGUCUUCCUACUGAGACACCUACCACAGCCAGCUCCUGCUCCACGGACCCUCUGUACGACAACUGCCCACCUUUUGCCCAGCGAGGGAGGGCCAGGGAGAAGGAAAUGGAGAGCAGAGUUGUGUGCCUGGCUGUAACCAGACUCCCAGGCCCCAGAAGCCCUCAGCCUGGUCUGGCCCCAGCUGCAGCUGAGGUUCCCACACUGAUCGGAGGGGGACGAGGGACUGGCGCCUGGCCAGAUCACAGUUACUGCAGCUGGAUAGGAGGCCUGAGAAGAGCAGGCUGGAAGGCAGAGCUGGAUUCAGAAGUAAACAGAGCGAGAGGAGGAGAGAGAGGAGGAGAACAGCUAGGUAGCUUGGGAGUUCAUCCCAGCCACAGUCCAAAUCCAUCUCAGAGCGAGGAGCACAGGAGUGCUCUCUCUGUGUACGAUAACCUCCCUGAAGCUGUCACUCCGGGCAGCCUCCAGGAGGAUUUUGACAUGGAAACCAGCAUCACGGAGAACAUGCAGGAGCAGAUUUAUCAGGCGUGGGUGCCUGAGCAGAAUACAGAGGAUGACAAAAGCACCUGGUCCUCCUGUGAGAUUAUCCUUGCUGAAACUGGUCUAGAUAACGAUGACCAAAACCCAGAUCAGGACAAGACACAUGAGCAGGAGCCAGAGCUGGACUCAGGAUCCUGUGUAUUUAAGCAGGCAGACCCUGUUUCACCUCCUCAGCAUUUUACAGCAUGUUCCUCUCGUUUGUCGCAAACUGAAUGCCAGGUUCCUUGGCCCCCAGCUGAAGCCCAGCACCAAGAGCUCCCAUGCUGGUAUCCAAAGGUGCCUCCUCCUGUUCCCCUUGCUGACCCGUCUGCCAGCGCCCUCCGCAGCCUCCUCACCAGCCUCCAGCAGCAGAUAGUGAGACAGAGGGAGGAGUAUGAGGAACGGAUAAUCAGCCUGGAGCAAAGAAAUGAAGAGCUGCAGGUGGAGGUGGUGCGGUUGAAAACCAACCUAGCACAGCAGCGGCACUGGUACCAGGUCGUCCAGGCAAAGAUCGUGGAGUCCGAGAGGGCCAGAGCUGCCGCAGAACUACGCAAUGCAACUCUGCAGAGGGAGAUGGAGCAGUUCUUUGACACCUUUGGAGAGCUCAACAACGAGGCAAAGAAGACAGAGUGUAUCGUCAAAAGCUUCUGAGAAAACAAUAAGCAAUAAUGCGUUGUUAUGGACAGUGUGCAUAAGGAUAAGGACAAGGGGCACAUGACUGGCUAGGUUUCAAACUGCUGUUACCAAAUGUGUAAAAUACUUGCUUUUCUUAAUGGAUUUUAUCACUGAGCAUCUAUGAAAUACACGCCACUAAAAGAAAAUGAA